UUUUACAGGUUUCAACUAUAAAUUAGAUUAGUAGCUUUUGUACGUGCAUAAUAACGCUAAAAACGAAUAGUAGACGAUUAAAACAUUAGUAUUUAUAAUUUUUUUUUAAACUGUCGCAGAAAAAAUGUUAAAAUAUAAUAGGUCAUGUGUAUAUUUUUAUAGUGAUUACAUUAUACCCCUGCUUAUAGAGAGGAGUGACUAAUAUGUGUUUUUCCCAGCGAGGUGAGGCUUUUUCUCAGGUUUCUUCUGCAUGCUGACGUCACACAGACGGCUGUAUUUAAAGCGCAUCGUCACAUCUGCAGUUUCAUUCCUGCCAUGGCACAACUACAGUCGCUGCAUAUGUCCGUGGGCAUGUUGGGCAUCUCUGCCGGUUCCCUCCUGCUUUUGGUGAACAACUAUGCCAACUCUCCUGAAAAAGGCUUCAUCCCCUAUACGGCACUGGGGAUUCUGCUCCUCAUCAUCGCUGCCCUCUUAGCUUAUGCAGGUAUCCGUCGCAGUUUGUCCCACGCCCAGCUGUUUUCCUCUGUGUGUCUGACUAUCUCUGCUCUGUGGUGUGGUUCAGGCCUGGUGUACAUCCUGGCAGGGCAGGGGGUGCUAAAGCCCACAGAGCUAAGAUCCUCUUUGAUCCCCGGCCUGGCAGCGUUUACAUUAGCCCUGCUCCUCAUAGGCAAUGUGGCACUCGUGGUAAAGAAAGUAGUUCUGUGUCUCAUAGCUGUCUGCAUUAGCUUAGCUUGUGCCCACCAAAUUGCCGGUCUGUCAGCUUCAGGUUUCGGCCAGUCUGCCACAGCUGCUAACUACCUCCUUGUCUGUCUGGUGGGUGUUUACUUUGGUUUUGGACGUCUGCUGUCCAUCGUCACUCAUGGUAAAGUGGAACCUCCAGGAACUGGCCUGAAGAGAAAAGAUGAGCUGAAAACAGGGCAGAAGCAGGAGUGUAGUGAUGCAGUGUCAGUGGGUCUGGUGAUGAACUUACUGUCGGCCUCUGUGUUAGCCUGUCCUCUGUUAGGUGUGGUCCCUCAGCUCUUUGUCGGUCACGUCCCCUGGCUGUGGACAGCUGGAGUCUUCCAGCUUGGCAUGUGUGUCCUCUUCUACCGAGCCAUGGACACACUAGCUGCUACUUUUUACGGCUUCACUGCUCUCCUGAGAUUUGCAGAGGGCUACAGUGCUCUCCUAUCAUUCUACAAAGUGGAGCCUUUCUCCCCGGUUCCCUUCCCUGUCGUCUUCUCUGUGCUUUUCUUCAUCCUGGCUCUGUUUAGUUGUCAGAAGAGUUUGCUGGAGGGGUUCUACCAGUUGUUCUUUUCAGCGUAUUGUAUUGCCAUUGCAGCCCAGCCUCGAGGCUUCUUCCAAGGAGGCACUCAGGGAGUACAGGCAGCUAUAUUUGUAGCCUCUGCCAUCAUGCUUUUAAUUACCGUAUUCAAUAUGGUCUCCACUAAAAUGAUUCCCACAGGGCAGGGCUAUUUCAAGGCUUUAGUAACCAGGACGCGGGGUCUCACUCUCAGAGCCCAUGAUAAAGAGCUCCAUGCACCUCACCUGGGCUACUCCAAAUAUGCGGACGCAGAAGUGUUAGGCCACGCCUGCAGUGUACUGGCUGCUUUUGCUGUCACAGCCACAAUUGGUGACAGAAAUCCUCUGUCUGUGCUGGUACUGCCCUGGGUGGUGGUGGCUGGUGGGGCACUUCAGCUGCUCUGCGGCUCGGUUGCUUUCUCUCGGGGUAAAACCUUUGAGAGCACAGUUUUUAUAGUCUACGGGGUGAUGUGGACAGUGUGGGGGUUGACACGAUACGGAGGUCUGUACGGUGAUACCAGAGGCUUUAAUGUGGCCGUCGGGAUCAUCUGCUUCAUGCUGUUUAACUGUUUAGUGACAGUGGCGGCACUGUUUCUAAAUGUUGCCUGGUUUGUCUAUGCAUUCACCUUCCAACUCAUCCUCAUUAGCUUCCUGCUGGAUGCAGUAGGUGCACUGCCUUAUGGUUAUGACAUAGGAGUCACCAUCAUCUUUGGCCUUGUUAGUUUUUAUUGUUUUUUGGCUCACAUUUUCAACAGCACCUUCCAGACCCCCCAGAUCCCCUUAGGAAAACCUUUAGUGAAGCUGAGUGGGGUUGGAGGAGGGGCAGAUAUCUGUCCUCAUGUGCCGGCCCGCAAGGCUUCAUCUGUCCAACAGAUUGCAGAAAUCAUGAAAAAUGGUGGCAUAUGUGGAAUGCCUACAGACACCGUCUAUGUGCUGGUGGCAGCUUGCAACAGGCCAGAUGCAGUUGUCAAAGCUUACAAGGUGAAGAAGCAGGCGCAGGACCGACCCAUGUCCCUGUGGAUCUCUUCCAUCAAGCAGCUGGAGCCGGUCCGACAUCUGCUGAGCCCUCUGCUCCUGGACUUCAUGGAGGCUGCGUGGCCCUCCUCCAUCAGCAUGGUCAUACCCAGAGGCCCAUGGAUGGACACCUUUGGUUUAGGAGAAGCUGCCAAACACAUAGGGACUCCACAAAGCAUCGCUAUCAGGAACCCAGACUGCACUGUGGCCACACACCUCAUUAACCUGGUGGGGCCCAUCGCUGUGACCUCAGCCAACCCUACAGGCGAGGCAGACACAACUCACCACAACCAAGUUUACGCCAAGCUGGGCAACAAGGUGGACGGGGUGUUAUGUGAUGGAGCCUCGCCAGAGAACAUUGCAUCCACUGUGGUUGACUGCACAAAGAUUGAAACAGGAAACAUUGGUUUCUUCAGAGUUGGUCUCAUUCCUAAAUCCAAGGUUCUUCAGAUCUUUGAGGAGGUUCAGAGGCGGCACAGACAAGGGCAGACGAAUCCUGCUUUUAUAUAUGAUAUAAAUCUGCCAGAUACACAAAGAGACAGAGGUUCAGAAGAGGACAAUGCAGCAUCAGAAUCAGAGUCAGAAAGAAGAAAUGGAAACUCGACACCGUGCACUGAUUCCCCUGAUCAAAGUCCAGUUCUUAGAAAUGAGUCAAUGCAUCGCUUCAACAUGCUGCCUGCUGCAUCAGACAUUCACAAAGAGCUGUCAAAUGAAACCUCUUAAUCUGGUGUUUUAUUGUGGCCAAACGAAUGUUCGUUUUUUUUUAUCAUGUUUGUGUGUUUGUCUGAAUGUAUUAUAAUAAUGUAUAUAGUAAUAUAAUGUAUUGUAAACUAAUGUAAUGUAUUAUAAACUCACAAAUCCUCAUGCACUGUUAUUUGUA